GGGUUGGCCGAGAAUGUGCUACUGGACAUCAAGAAAUGGUGCUUACUGGUCAUGAAGAUGGUUCUAUUAAAUUUUGGCAAGCAUCUAGUGAACAAUUGCAAGUUAUGUACAAAUUAAAAACAGGGCGGCACUUUGAAAAAAAUAUUCCUUCGCAUUAUUCCCAUUCGACUGCUAGAGGAACAGCAGCAGCCAUCAAUAAACGUAAAGGAAGUGGAGCUGUAGAUAAUAUUCGAUUAAAAAAAAAUAUUUCUCCUAGUCAUGCUGUUUUUAAUGCUGAAAUGUGUCUUGAUUCUCGCCUUUUAAUUGUUGCUAGUCGUUCAGGACAAAUUACACUUUUUAGAUUUUCUAAGACUGAUUGUUGCCAAGAAAUUGCUGUCAUUAACUUACCUCAACUUUGCCGUUCUACUGCUCAAAUUCCUUCGCCACCUUCAUGCCCUCCCUCACCUUGUAAUCUAAAAGAUGAAGAAAAACAACCUCAAAAUACUAAAAAGAAAUGGAAUCAACAAUCAGGGAGUAGUAGUGAUGCACAACAAUCUAGUAGAGCUGAAUUGAAACGACAAGGAGCAGCAUCCGAGUCGCAACAACAUCAACGCCCAUCCCGCAAUUCAUCAUCACAUUCUACAGAUACAUCGAUAUGUUCUCAACAACUUGCCGAAAUAACUCCUUUAAAAGUUCGGGGAGGUGCUUUGCGGAGACCUGCAGGUUAUCAACCAGAAUUGGUUUGCCAAAUCCCUUGGAUCAAUGGAAACAAUCCUGAACGGGUAACAGCAUUGGCAUUUAAUUCAGCUUAUGGUCUACUAGCUAUUGGUACUUGUGUUGGUUUGGCACUUGUUGACUCACAAACAGCUUCUUUGAUUUAUGCUUGGCAUAAUUCUGAAUUGUUGGGUCGUGAUCCAAUUCCUUUUUGGAGUUCCUUGACUAGUCAAGAUGUUGCUACUGGACCAGGGUCGCCUAGUUGUCCGGGAGUAGAGAUUCUUCGUCAAUCUUCUACACCUUCAACUCCAAAUAAUAACAACAUAAUACCUAUUACUACUGAAUCAUCACCUUCAGUUUUAAAAACUCCAAAUUCCUCUUCUACCUCCUCUCCCUCAGCUUUUUCAUUUUCUUCCAAAGCUUUACGUACUCGUCUAAAACAUCAAUUUUCAACACAAACUCCUCCUACUUCAGUGCCAGUACCUAAAUCACCUGGACCUCUUUCUCGAGGAAAUACAACAGAAUCGACUGGGGGGUCUGGAAUAGAAAAUAAUACAGAAAAAAGCACAAAUCGGUUUUUGUUGGGAACAAAACUUCAAAGGCCACAAUUACUUAAAGCUUCAACCUUCAAUGCUUCUGCUGCUUGUGAAGAAACUGGAUUAGAAAAUCCAACUCAACAACAACAAGAAUCGACUUUUAUUAAUUGUAAUGGUGAUAUAAAGCCCUGUAUUGACUCUCAAGUUCCAUCUACUUCUUCCUCCACCGAAUCUUUAGAUAAAUGUACAAAUCAAAAAUAUUUGGAAGAAUUUGUUUCUUCUUUACAAUUUAUUAAUUGUUGUGCUAAAAAGGGAGUUACUAAAUUUGAUCCUUGUCUUUGGAUUGGAACUUCUAUGGGUAGUGCAUUAGCCUUUCAACUUCAAUUACCUUCAAAUAGAAUUUCUUCAAACGUUGUUGUUGCGCCCUCUGGAUCAAUUGUUCGUUUAUCAAAAUCCACAAAUGGGAAAAGUAACAAGUUGCUUUGUAUUGCUUUUAUGGACCGUGAUUUUCGAUUAUUGGCGGCACCCAGUGAAAACUCGAAUAAUAAAAAUGCCAAAACAGAAACAAAUUCUUUAAAUUCAAAUCUUCAAGAAGAAAAUUUAAAUAAAAAUGAUGAGUCUUCUAAUUCUCCAAAUGAUCUUCAAUCAUCAUUACCUUCAAAUAAGGCAAGCAAAGAAAGAGUAGGAGGGGAAGGAGAAGCAAAGAAAAAAUGGGAAAUAAUUAAAAGAAAAGCAAGUUUUGGGGAAUUUUUUCAGUUUUUCUUUUUGGGUUCUUUCUUUAUUUUUUCUUCUUUUUUUCUCUCUUUUUUUGUGCUAACAAAAACUAUUCAAUCAUCAGCUGUGCCUUCAUCUACUUCUACCCAAACAGAAAUGGAAACACAACAAACACUGACCUCAAAUGCAGUCAAAGAAGAGGAAUUUUUACAAAUGGCUAUAUUUGUAACUUCUUCUGAAGUUUGUGCAGUUGCUUUACCUUCCUAUCAUCGAGUCUUUCAACGCUCUUUUUCUGAUUCAGAACAGCAACAACAUCCAUUAAUUUGUGCUUCAACUACACACAUUAGUGGACAACCUGCUUUGUUGGCUUUAAAUGUUCGAUUAUUGUGA